AUGUCUGACGCUAAAGUUGAAACUCAUGAAUUCACCGCUGAGAUUUCUCAGUUGAUGUCUUUGAUCAUUAACACCGUUUACUCCAACAAGGAAAUUUUCUUGAGAGAAUUGAUUUCUAAUGCUUCUGAUGCUUUGGAUAAGAUCAGAUACGAAGCAUUAGCUGAUCCAAGCAAAUUGGAAACCGAACCAGAAUUAUUCAUCAGACUUACCCCAAGACCUGAAGAAAAAGUUUUGGAAAUCAGAGAUACUGGUAUCGGUAUGACCAAGGCUGACUUAGUCAAUAACUUAGGUACUAUCGCUAAGUCUGGUACCAAGGCUUUCAUGGAAGCUUUAUCUGCUGGUGCAGAUGUUUCCAUGAUUGGUCAAUUCGGUGUUGGUUUCUACUCUUUAUUCUUGGUUGCUGACCACGUUCAAGUUAUCACCAAGCACAAUGACGACGAACAAUACAUUUGGGAAUCCAACGCUGGUGGUAAGUUCACUGUUGCUUUGGAUGAAGUUAACCCAAAGAUUGGCCGUGGUACCGUCUUGAGAUUAUUCUUGAAGGAAGAUCAAUUGGAAUACUUGGAAGAAAAGAGAAUUAAGGAAGUUGUCAAGAGACACUCUGAAUUCGUUUCUUACCCAGUCCAAUUAGUCGUCACCAAGGAAGUCGAAAAGGAUGCUCCUGAAGAAAAGGAAGACGAAGAAGAAGUCAAGGAAGGUGAUGACAAGAAGGCAAAGGUCGAAGAAGUCGAUGAAGAAGGUGAAGAAAAGAAGAAGGAAACCAAGAAGAUUACUGAACAAGUCACUGAAACGGAAGAAUUGAAUAAGACCAAGCCAUUAUGGACCAGAAACCCAUCUGAUGUCACUCAAGAUGAAUACAAUGCGUUCUACAAGUCCAUUUCCAACGACUGGGAAGACCCAUUGGCUGUCAAGCACUUCUCUGUUGAAGGUCAAUUAGAAUUCAGAGCCAUCUUAUUCGUUCCAAAGAGAGCUCCAUUCGAUGCUUUUGAAUCUAAGAAGAAGAAGAACAACAUUAAGUUAUACGUCCGUCGUGUUUUCAUCACUGACGAAGCUGAAGAAUUAAUCCCAGAAUGGUUAAGUUUCGUUAGAGGUGUUGUUGACUCCGAAGAUUUGCCAUUGAACUUGUCCAGAGAAAUGUUACAACAAAACAAGAUCUUAAAGGUCAUCAAGAAGAACAUCGUUAAGAAGUUGAUUGAAACCUUUAAUGAUAUUGCUGAAGACCAAGAACAAUUCGAAAAGUUCUACAGCGCCUUCUCCAAGAACAUUAAGUUAGGUAUCCACGAAGAUCAACAAAACAGAACCGCAUUAUCUAAGUUAUUGAGAUACAACUCUACCAAGACUGGUGAAGAAUUAACUUCUUUAUCUGACUAUGUCACCCGUAUGCCAGAACACCAAAAGAACAUUUACUACAUCACUGGUGAAUCUAUCAAAGCUGUUGAAAAGUCUCCAUUCUUAGAUGCUUUGAAGGCCAAGAACUUCGAAGUUUUAUUCUUAGUUGACCCAAUUGAUGAAUACGCUAUGACUCAAUUGAAGGAAUUCGAAGACAAGAAGUUAGUUGAUAUCACUAAGGACUUCGACUUAGAAGAAAGUGAAGAAGAAAAGAAACAAAGAGAAAAGGAAAUCGAAGAAUACGAACCAUUGACUAAGGCCUUAAAGGAAAUCUUAGGUGACCAAGUUGAAAAGGUCGUUCUUUCUCACAAAUUAGUUGAUGCUCCUGCUGCUAUCAGAACUGGUCAAUUCGGUUGGUCUGCUAAUAUGGAAAGAAUUAUGAAGGCUCAAGCUUUAAGAGACACUACCAUGUCUUCUUACAUGUCCUCUAAGAAGACUUUCGAAAUCUCUCCAAGAUCUUCUAUUAUUAAGGAAUUAAGAAAGAAGGUUGAAGCUGACGGUGCCGAAGAUAAGACUGUCAAGGACUUGACUACCUUAUUGUACGAAACCGCUUUGUUGACAUCUGGUUUCUCCUUAGAAGAACCAAGCUCUUUCGCUGGUAGAAUUAACAGAUUGAUCUCUUUAGGUUUAAACAUUGAUGAAGAAGAAGAAGUUGAAGAAGUCGGUACUUCUACUGGUACUACCACUGAUGAACCUGCUGUUGAAUCUGCUAUGGAAGAAGUUGAUUAA